GGAGGUGUUGCCAGGCCUAGCAGACGAAGCCCAGGCCCAGGGAAGAUGGCCGCCCUUGUCAAGGAUGUGCGGCUGAGGCGGAGCGAAACCUGCGGCUUCGGCUUCUCUAUCCUCGGAGGCGCCGGCUCGGAGCUCCCGCCGAUCAUUUACGACAUCAUUGAAGGCUCGCCGGCCGCUAACUCCUGCCAGCUGGCUCCAGGUGACAUCAUUUGGGAGGUCAAUGGGCAAGAGGUUGUUUCUUUCACCACAAAGGAAGUGCUCAAUUGUCUUCGCCUGUCGUCCACAGAAGUCACAUUAAAACUAAAAACAGAUGCCUCAGUGCAGGAGCGUGUGCGUCAGUACCUUGCAACGCCCAACAACUCUGAGGUUUUGAGGGCGGCCAUCACCCAGGACGACCUUCAGGGGGUCAAACACAUCAAGGCCAAAAAGUCAGCCAGCCAGACACCCCCCGAGCAGUCCUCAUCCACCCCACCUUCCCUUCCCAGCCCCACCCUGUCGGACGCCUCGGACCGCACCUCCCUCAGCCACGGCUCCAACCACACCGCCUCGGAGAACGGCUUCCACUCCAGGGACCGGACGGCAGCGGAAAAUGAGCGCAACUCCCUGAAGAAGCCCAAAAGUGAGGCCUACUUGAUGACAGGUGACCUCAUCCUGAACCUCUCGCGGACUUCCCACGACGCCAGCUGGCUCCCACAGCAAAAAACUGUUGACGACCUGCGUAAGUCAGGCAGCUCAAGCGUGCCCACCAGCCCCAAUGAGGCCAAUGUCUGUGGGGGCCGGCUGGUCAAGCGUGACCUGGGAAGUCCGCUGAGUCUGUGUUCGCCCGUGUCCAUCGAUAACCAUGCUAGCGGUGCCGUGAAGUUCACUUACCCUCCAGCCGGGUCCUCCGUCAGGAUAUCCAAGUCGGAGGACCACCUGCAGUACCAGAAGGAUGGUAAUAUGUGUGCUGUUAACAUAGAGCUUGAGGAUGAUGUGACGUCUUCACUAAACACUCUCCUGGACACCUGUGACGACCCCAGGUCCUCCCCCUUGCCCCCCCCACACGAGGAUCGCAUCAUAUGGACCUUUAAUGCCCCUCGCACCACCUCCCCAGACAGUGUUCGGUCAAGCCAUGACUCUGACAGCCCCCUGAUCAGGUCCCCCUCCCCAGUGUCCCCCCAGUCCCCCACCUCCUCCAUGCAGUACUCAUGCAGCGGAGUGUACGACAAGAUGUGCAGUGGCCGGGACUCCAUGGGCAGCUCUAACAGGUCAGACAACGUGUGCUCUAACAGCUCCAGCCUAACCAGUCCAGACACAGACGUUCCAGACGAGUUGGAGUGGGACGACACCACCCCCACCCUGCACCUCUCCUCCCCCUAUACUAACACAUUCGGCAACAAGGACCUCCUCCCCAACGGGCACGGGAUGGCCACCACCGAGGGCGGCCGUGCCUCGGACAAGGCCAGGGCCAGACGAGUGGAUGAAAACCGCAUAGUGAUCAAGGUGGAGGGGCCGGAUGCAGCCCCAGGGAGCAGGCGGCGUCCCCAGCACCUCCAGAAGUCGGCCGAUGAUCCGUUCCCGCCCCAGGACGAGGCGAAUCGUGACCCCGACCUCACCCCUACUAACACGCGCCCCACCACCCCCGGCUCCGGCACGCUCUCCCCUGACACCCUUGCCUAUCAGGAGCUACGGGAGUCUGAGGAUGAAAUUACAUGUCUUUCAGAGGAGGAUGGGACAGGCAAGGCAUCCUCUGUGCGCACCUCCAGCACCACCUCGCCCCCCCUGAGCGAGGACGAGAGUGACAUUGACUCCCUGCACAGCUUCCACUACAGCCCCAAGGCCGUGGACAUCCCCUCGGCGGUCCGGCUGGCCAAGCGGCUCAUCACCCUGGAUGGCUUCAAGAAGUCUGAUGUCUCGAGGCACCUCUCAAAGAACAAUGAAUUCAGCAGAGCAGUGGCAGAAGAGUACCUCAACUACUUUGACUUCCGGGGCGACACGCUGGACAAAGCUCUGCGGAAGUUCCUGGACCGCUUCUGCCUGGCGGGGGAGACUCAGGAGAGGGAGCGAGUCUUGGUUCACUUCUCACACCGCUUCCUAGAAUGCAACCCUGGAACCUUCAACUCCCAAGACGCUGUGCAUACCCUCACCUGUGCCCUGAUGCUGCUCAACACCGACCUCCACGGUCAAAACGUGGGGCGGAAGAUGACCUGUAACGAGUUCAUCGAUAACUUGGCGGAGCUGAAUGAUGGCGAGAACUUUCCAAGGGAGGUCCUCAAGUCUCUCUACCAUGCAAUAAGGAAUCGGCCUCUUCAGUGGGCCAUGGACAGUGAAGGGGACGGAGAGGUGACGGCCGGGGGUAAGGCUGGCGGCAGUGAACCGGAGAUGGCAGUGGGCAGCAAUCCCUUCCUCACGCCACCCUCGGGCAGCGGUGUGCUCUACAAGAAGGGCUACAUCAUGCGGAAGUGCUGCACGGACCCCAACGGAAAGAAGACGGCCUUUGGGAAGCGCUCGUGGAAGAUGUGGUUCUGUGUGAUUCAGGACUUGGUGCUUUACCUCCACAAGGACGAGCAGGGUGCCAGGCGGGGGCCACAACACGCCCAGCUGGGACACAAUGCGCUGCGCCUCCACCACUCGCUGGCCACGCGCGCCCACGACUACUCCAAAAAGGAACACGUCUUUCGGUUGCAGACGGCUGACCAGGCGGAGUACUUGCUUCAAACCAGUGACAGCAAGGAACUCCAGGCUUGGAUCGAUACCAUCAACCUCGUCGCCGCCAGCCUCUCCGCCGCACCGCUGCCGGGCGCCGUGGGCUCCCAACGGAAGUUCCAGCGGCCUUUGCUUCCCUGCAGCAUCACCAAGCUGAACAUGAGUGAGCAGCUGGAGGAUCACACGAAGCGCCUGACCCAGCUGGAGCAGGAGCUGGAGGACCACAAGGCCCACCCGCCGGAGAAGAACAGCAGGGCGCACUCCAUGUCCAACUACCGGGAGAAGGAAGCCUAUCUCAUCAAGGAGGUCAAGAGGUACAGGACAUACGUUUACCUCCUGCGGUCUAAGCUGAGCACCCAGUCGCCCGGCCAGCAGCAGCAGCAGCAAGGGGGAGCCACAGGGGAGUCAGGGGAGCUGCCGGUUUUUGAGGUUCACCCGCCAGGGGAGGAGGGGCAGGAGGGGGUGGAGCGGGGCGGUGCCAGAGUGGUGCCGCCGCCCAUCCCGGAGAGAGCGCGGCCCAGCGACAGCUCUUGUGAGGAACCUGAAGAGAUGACGGAGACUCCAUCAGCUGGUGCUUCAAGAGAGGAUAAAGAAGACACGUCCUCAUUAAAGAAGGCUCUAGAAAGGGAGAAUCUGAUGGAAGACGAGGACAGUAAGAGUAACAAAGGGACGCUGAAGAGCAAGAGCAAGCAGGAGAAAGAGAAACGCAGACUGAUGAAGGAGACGGAAAGGUUCCUGAAGGAAAUGGAAAAGAGGGAGAAGGAGGCAGAGAAGAAAGAAAAGAAGAAGGAUCAGGAGCAGAAGGAGAAAGAACCAGACAAACAAUCCAAAAAGCAAACAGAGAAACAGAAGAAAGAAGAAAAGUUGAGCCAAACCAAUGAUGAAGGAUUGCAGGAAAAGGAGAAAGCAGAGGAGACGUCCCAAAAGCAGGAUUCAGAUACAAAAAAGGAGACUGAAAAACCAGGAGAGGCCAGGAUGGGCACCCUAAAUCGCCUCUCUGCCUUAUUCAAAUUCAGCAAAUUAAACUGGACUAGUUAUGCAUGUGAGGAAGAGGAAGACGACAAAGAAAGCACCAGCAAGUCUCCCAAGCCUCCUCCUCUCCCUCCCAAGCCUCACCCCAACUCUCCAGUCAUGAAAAAUUUAGGGACACGAAUUGAUAUAUGAUAAGGGAUUAGCCAGAGGUUAUUUUUUUGCGCAUUUUGUAUUGCUCACUCUAUUUAUUUGCUCAUUCUUGAGUUUAUUCAUGCUGUCAUUUGCAUGUAGUGAUUCCAAAGACUAUUUACACUUAGAGGAGUUUUUGGCUCAAGCUUCUUAGUGAGAAACAUUGCCAAUUUAAUUUUGUUGUCCAUAGUUUCUGCUGUGCUGAGUGGCCAAAUGUCCUUACACAUAUAAUACAGUUUUGUUAUGUACAGGAGAGUUCUAUACAAACUAUCCAAACAUCUCAGUUUUCAGAAAUAUUUUCCAGAAUGAAAGGGGACAGAUGUUGUUUUGCUUUUCAAGAGAUUUCAAAAGUUUGAUGAACUAUAUUUUCUGAUAAUUGUGUUUGAACUUUCACAGAAAAGGUAUUAUGUUGCUUGCUUGUAUCUGUUGCUGCUGUAAGAUGUUAGCUGAGGGUCUGCUCAGCACAGCAUCUGAUUAGUGUGCAGGGAACAUGAGCUGAAGCAGAAGGCUUGUACAGGCAUGUCACUCACUGGCAGCGUCUCCAUCCAUAGAAUCGUGCAUAUUGGGAAUAUGCAGUAAUGUCUUAAAAUGAGUAAUGAAAUUAAAGCUUUUAUAUCACUAUUUUAAAAUGAGUAAUAAUAUCAAAGCUUGUACAUUAGUAUUUAAAAAUGGGUAAUGAUAUUUAAGCCUUUACAUUAGUAUUUUAAAAUGAGUAUGGAAAUUUAAGGUUUCACAUUAGAAAAUUUGGCCAUAAAUGCAACUGUUCACUUAAUGAGGCAAGGCAAGGCUCUCUGGAAGGACAUGAGGGAGCACGACCCUCCAGCGGCUCAGGGAAAUUAAUCCUUUGACUGAUGUCUUGUACAUUCCUUCACAUUUUUAUGCUCUUGAGUAUUUUCAUCAAUUAGGUAAAAAUGCAUAUCAAGCAAUGGACAGCCACAAUGCAGAUAAGCUUUUGUAGAUAAAUAUAUGCCAUUUUCUUCCAUGGAUUUAAAUAUUGCUAAUAUGAAAAUGUAGUCUUUACAAAAAAAUCA